UACCUGUGUGGAAAGUCUUAGUAAGUGACUCUAGAAGAUGUGUGAGGAAGAGGACAGCACGGCUCUGGUUUGCGAUAAUGGCUCUGGCCUAUGUAAGGCAGGAUUUGCUGGUGACGAUGCUCCCAGGGCUGUCUUCCCUUCCAUCGUAGGACGUCCAAGGCAUCAGGGUGUGAUGGUAGGCAUGGGACAAAAAGACAGCUAUGUAGGAGAUGAAGCUCAAAGCAAGAGAGGGAUCCUGACCCUGAAAUAUCCCAUCGAACAUGGUAUCAUCACAAACUGGGAUGAUAUGGAGAAGAUUUGGCAUCAUUCAUUCUACAAUGAGCUCCGUGUGGCUCCCGAAGAACAUCCAACCUUACUUACAGAGGCACCUUUGAAUCCAAAGGCUAACCGAGAAAAAAUGACACAGAUUAUGUUUGAGACCUUCAAUGUCCCAGCCAUGUAUGUUGCUAUUCAGGCUGUUCUGUCUCUCUAUGCCUCUGGACGUACAACAGGGAUUGUGCUCGACUCUGGUGAUGGUGUCACCCACAAUGUGCCAAUCUAUGAAGGCUAUGCUCUGCCCCAUGCUAUCAUGCGCCUGGACCUGGCUGGCCGUGAUCUUACCGACUACCUCAUGAAAAUCUUGACAGAACGUGGCUAUUCAUUUGUUACUACUGCUGAGCGUGAAAUUGUCCGUGACAUUAAGGAGAAACUCUGUUAUGUUGCCCUGGAUUUUGAAAAUGAGAUGGCCACUGCUGCUUCUUCAUCGUCCCUCGAAAAAAGCUAUGAGUUACCUGAUGGUCAGGUGAUUACUAUAGGGAAUGAGCGAUUCCGCUGCCCAGAGACCCUCUUUCAACCCUCUUUCAUUGGUAUGGAAUCUGCCGGCAUUCAUGAAACUACCUACAACAGCAUCAUGAAGUGUGAUAUAGAUAUCAGAAAGGACCUUUAUGCAAACAAUGUCCUAUCUGGUGGGACCACCAUGUAUCCUGGCAUUGCAGAUCGUAUGCAAAAGGAGAUCACUGCCCUGGCUCCUAGCACUAUGAAAAUAAAGAUUAUUGCUCCACCUGAGCGCAAGUAUUCGGUCUGGAUUGGAGGAUCUAUUCUUGCUUCUCUUUCUACCUUCCAACAGAUGUGGAUCAGCAAACCAGAGUACGAUGAAGCUGGCCCAUCCAUUGUUCACCGCAAAUGCUUUUGAGUUGCUUCCCCUUCUGUGAAAAAUAUUCUAAUUAGCCUACCCCAAGUACCUUCCGUACAAUUAGCUGGGUUUCCAAUAAGAUGUAUUUGAGGUUUUUAGGGGGCAGAGGAGGAAAGAAUUGUAAACAUGCUUUUCAGGUGCUUUGAAUUUUUAUUAAUAAAUCUCAACUUUUUCAUACUCUACUUGGAGUAAAUAGUAUUCCUUCUCCUCUGGAAAAAGAGUGAGACAUGGCAGAUCAACAUUAUACUAGUCGAUAUUUGCAUUAAAGGUCUAUCAAUAGUGAAUAACCUGAACCUUGAUUAAAGGAAGUUUGUCCUUAAUCAUCCACUGGAGAACACAUAAAGAUAGCAGCUAUUUUUUACAUUUAAGACUUAGACACAUUGUAAUUUAUGUAUAAGUAGAAUUGUUUGCCAUUCCUCCCUAAGUCUUCUGGUUAUAUCUAGUUUUCAGUUCUCCGUGUCCUCUGACUUCUACCUGCUCUGACUCAGAAAAAUCAGUAUUAUUUUGAGGUUCUUUCUUCUACAGUGAAUUUAUAGGGAGGCAACACUGGCCCUUUAGUAAUGCUACAGCAGGUGUUUGGGACUGAAGCUAAUUGAAUAGAAGGAACUGGUGUUUGUGAGCUCACACAUUCAUAGUUCACUUUAUUAUUUGAGCAGUUUUUCCCUGUGUUUCUCAGCAGAAUCUGCUUUGUUCCUGUUAGUGAGUCUGUUCUUUUUUCCAUAUUUCCCAUUCUAUUUUAUAGCUAGUGUAUUUUUAAACAUGCUGCAAACAUUCACAUGUCACACUUAGACACCCCUUAGAAUACUUAUAGGGCAGGAAAACAAUCAUAUAUACUCCAGAGGAGGGGGGAGAAAAAAAAAUUGCAAAGGGGUCAAGACUGUCAUUGUGUCAAGUUCACUUUAUUGUCAUAUUGUUCCAAUAAAAUAACAUACCCGGA